AUGAUGGGUCAACAAUUAAUUUUCAUACAGCAUUUGCAAGAUAUUAUUCAUAGUGACGCAUAUUCUAAACUUGAUCAUGGUCUUGUUCGGACAGGUAUUAAUCCUAAAGACAGACAAAAUUAUCGUUCUUGUGCAAAACUGACAUCAAAUGAUUUGUUAAAUAUUGUACGUAGUAAUCCCAAGACAUCAGAAACGUUUGUUUAUCUUCAUCUAUUCAAAUUGUUAAUAGCUGCUCAUAUUGAAAAAUCAACAACAGUUGCAGAACGUUUGCAUUCAGCAUGGAUUGUUGUAUUUGUUUGUCGAUUAUGGUGGUCAUGGCUUAAAAAUAAAACAUUUGCUAAUAAAUCAUUAUCACGAUUUUCUAAAUUUCUAAAUAUCUGUAUUUAUAAGUGCCUUUAG